CUUUGAAAAGGUAAUCCGUUUAAAAAUAAAAACAAUGUCCUUUGAUAACUCAGGCACUGCCAAACCUCCUGAUAUUAAUGACUUCGUUAUAAUUAAACCCAUCAGUAAAGGCGCAUUUGGAAAAGUGUUUUUAGGCCAUAAGAAAACGAAUAACAAAGUGAUGUAUGCUAUUAAGGUGAUGAAAAAGCAUGAAAUGGUUAACAAAAAUAUGGUAACUCAAGUUGUGAAUGAAAGAAAUGCUUUGGCCCUAACUAAUUGCCCUUUUUGUGUGAAAUUAUAUUAUUCUCUGCAAACAUCUACAUCUAUUUAUCUGGUCAUGGAAUUUAUGGUUGGUGGCGACUUGAAAUCAUUGCUUAGCGUAUAUGGUUUUUUUGAUGAAGCAAUGGCCACUUUCUAUGUUGCAGAAGUUUGUUUGGCUCUUCAGUAUCUACAUAGUCAUGGAAUAAUCCAUAGAGAUAUAAAGCCAGAUAAUAUGUUGCUUUCUAAGGAAGGACAUGUGAAGUUAACAGAUUUUGGAUUAUCAAAGGUGCAAGUCCAUAGGGAUUUAGAAAUUACUGAUUUUGAAAGCAAUACACCUAAUUUAUGUGCUCGAACUCCUGGACAACUUUUGAGUUUAACUUCUCAUCUCAGUUUUGGUUCAGGAAACUCUAAAUAUGUUACUGCUCAUACCAACCCUAAUAAUGACUCCACAUCAGACUCUUUUAGUAUUUUAGAAUCACAAAAUAAUUCAUCUGUUCUUAAAGAAAGCAAUAAGAUUAAUUUCUCUUCAAAGGAUGAUUCAUCAAAGCAACAAAUUGCUUUAUCUGGAGUUAAUUACUUAUCACCUGAGUUCACGAAAAACUCAACUGGAACAGAAUGUAGUUCAUAUCACACAUGUAACUCAACCAAGGAUAAUAGUGAAAAUAUAACUAAUGUAUCUGAAUUUUCACCUAUUAGUCGAGGAAUACCUACAAGAUAUGGAUUAAGUAAUAUGAGAGCAAAACGCAAAUUACGUUCCCCCUCUCCAUCUAACUCAUGCAAGACCUAUGUAAGAACAGGCUUGUCAGGUCAGAUGGAAAUUUUGAAAUUGGAGAAAACUAGUCCAAUGAAAGGAGGAGUAACAUUUUCAACUCCUGUAUCAACAGAUAAAUCAAAAAUGAAAACAACAAGGUUUGAAUUACCAAAAAGCACUCAAGAGAAUCAAAGGCUUUCUAGUAGUAGAGGAGGUAACAAUGUAGUCAGUCCCAUAUCACAACCCGGAGAAAUUACACCAAAGACUCCAAGAACUCCUUACCGAACCCCAAAAUCUGUAAGAAGAGCCAGGUGGAGUUCAGACCAAAGAGUUUUAGGUACUCCUGACUAUCUUGCUCCUGAAUUGUUGAUGAGACAGGGCCAUGAUUGUGCAGUCGAUUGGUGGGCAUUGGGAGUAUGCCUUUACGAAUUUGUUACUGGCUUUCCCCCAUUUAAUGACUCUACUGCUAAGAAAGUGUUUAAAAAUAUAUUAGGACAUAACAUUGAAUGGCCAACAGGUGAAGAAGCCCUAUCAGUAGAAGUUAUUGAUGCUAUUGAAUCUCUAUUGAAUCAUGAUCCUGAGGAAAGACCUAAAGCCAAGGAAGUGAUGGAGAUGGAAGCAUUCAAAAAUAUUGAUUGGGAUAACUUGCUAUCAAUGAUUCCACCUUUUGUUCCUGAUCCAUUUGACCCUCAGGAUACAGGGUACUUCCAAGCAAGAAAUGAAUUGUUAAAUUUCAAUCUUUCAAAUUAUGAAAUCAGUUGAAUUCUUUUUCGUUAGUUUCACAUCUGUAAAUAACUUUUAUGAACAUAGGUAAUAGUUAUUUUAAGAAAUUGAGUAUUUUUAUUUAUUACUAUUUAUUAUUUGUAGUGGCAGUCUUUUCUUUUGAAUUGUUGUAGUUUUGGUUGAUUCUCAACAGUCUACAUUCUGGUAUUGAUAAGGAUAUGUUGGUUGAAAUGUUUUCGCUUUGCCCUCAUUUUCCUUAGGUUCCAGUGCAUAUUAUACCAACUAACAGGGUCUUUUGUAGCAUAUAAUUAUUUCAGACAACACACAUUAGUUUUGAAUUUGAAAAGUAAUAUAUUUUAUUCUAACACUUGAUUAUUGAGUUUAUUUUAAGAAAUUGAUUGUAAAACAUGAAUGUAGCUAAAAAUUAAACAUGUAUAAUGAAA